CUCUGAGAUCUGAUCCCAUCUGAUCCCUAUGUACUUCGUGAGAUCUGAUCCCAUCUGAUCCCUAUGUACUUCUUGAUUUUUUCUGUUCUUUGCCUAAUUCUCUUCUUCCUUUUUUUGGCCUUUUUUGGUCCAUUGUCACAGUAUCUCUGCCUCUUUCUUCCACCUCCCUUGCUAUGCAAUUCCACCUUCCAGGCCUUGUUCCAAACAGAGAUCUUUGAAUUCAGCCUAGUCUUUAGAGCAUCUCCCUGCUCCAUUGGGAAAUAGCGAUUUCCCUCCCUAACAUUCCCUCCCCAACCCCACAUUGGAUGCUAUGCUCACACCGUACCCUGAGCUCUGCAUGUUUAUAUGGUUUCUUUGCUUCUUGCUAUAGACUAAACGUUUGUGUCCCCUGAAAAUUCACCCGUCGAAAUCCUAACCCCCAAGAUGAUAAGAUGAGGAGAUGGAGCCUCUGAGAGGCAACUAGGUCACUGGGACCCAGAGAGAUCCCUCUUCCUUUCCAUCACGUGGGGUCGCAGCUAGAAAGCACUGUCUGUGAGAAAGCAGACCCUCUCCGGACACCGAAUCUGCCAGCGCCUUGAUCUUAGACUUCCCAGCCUCCAGAUAUGUGUAAGAAAUGAAUUUCUGUCAUUUUGUAUUAUAGCCGAAACAGACUAAGACAUUUGUCUUUGCCCCCCUCUGAAAUUGUCCAAAAUUGGUUUUCCGUUUCUUGCUCUGUUCUCGUAAUCCUUAAAUUGUUUCUUCAUUCUCAUAAGUUAAGCUUUUAUUCUCUAUAAAGUCUUCUAAAUUCACAUUUCCUUUAAUAUUUUCUGAUCUGUACACUUGUGCCACAUGUAUUACUGUCUUCACAGAAACUCCGAAAUGAAUUUAGACUUUUUGUUCAAGGAACUAAAAUCAUCUUCCCUGCAAGCAUAUUUCUUCCAUCUUUUUUUUUUUUUUUUUAAGUUUAGGGUCUUCUAACAGUUUAGAAAGAUGAGUCUCUAAUAAAAUAGGUUAAGAAAGAGCAGUGGUGAAGUCCAAAGAAAGAGGUGGUGAGGUUGGAAACCUGAGAGAGGCUUGUUCUCCAGAAGCAAAACUAGAACGUCUUUCAAGAAAGACAUAGCUGUAAACGUUAUUUGCAGCAGUUGCUGAUUCAUGGAGUGUGAUAUGAACUAAUGGCAGGUAUAUGAUGAUUUUAGUGUUUUCUUCCCAUUCAUACACACUGUGUGUGUGUUUGUGUGUGUGUGUUUCAGAGAGAGAAAGAGAGUCUGAGCAAGAGAUUAGAGAGACUCAGUGUCUGUCUGAAUACAAAAGGGGGAGAGCAGAAAAGGAAUAGGAUCCCCAAGAUAAGUAAAAUAAAAGGCAGGAGCACCUUGGUCUAAGAUGGAGGGAGAUGAAAGGAGGCAAGUUCCCCUUGGGGUAUAUUAUAGAAGAAACCUUUUAUGUAUUUCUUUGUUCACAGGCUUACCACCUUUAAGAGUUGCCAUUUCAAAGAUCCCCCAUCUUUUCUGUGACCUGCUUCAUUGGACAUGUGAUUUUCCUGAUCUUUUUCAUUCUUUCUUUCUUUUAUGAGUAGGUUCUUGUCCUCUGUCCUCUAUGCACAGUGUUUCCCUUUCUAGCCUUGAGUCUUGCUUAGAGAAAAAGAAAUAGGAAAUUUGCUAUGCGGUAGCUGUAUUACAUUUCCAUCACAAAACCUGAAUUUUCAGGUAUAUUCACUCCAACAUAUAUUUUUAAACACCUAAAUUUAGCCAUCUUGACACUUAUUUCAUUCUGUAAUGCAGUCAUUAGAUAAUUGAGAACAGGAAACUCUCGUGAUUGAUUUGUGUUUUACAAAGAUCACCUUGCCUGCUCUAGGAAGACAAGAUAGUACAGACCAAGAGUGUAAGCAGGGACAAUUCUAGCAUCCUAGGCCAGAGACUGAGCCAGCAUAGGAUUGAUGGAGGAGUAAGAGAAGAUGGAACUGACUACCUGCUUUGGCCUGUGGUUACAUUAACGGUGCAUUCUGAGAAUUGUAAAGGCAUAGGGGCUGAACAUAAAAUGAGCAAGCAGGUGAACCUGGCAUCUGUGCAACAGCCUGUGUUCUCAAGAUCUUUGAUUCCUGGCAUUGAGUGAGCCUUCUAACUCAUGGCUUGGGCUGGGGGGAUGGGGGGUGGGCAAGAAAAUGUGAGCCGGAGCAGGGUUAGAAAUGGAUACUAAGUCCUGCAAAAGCCUGGCAGAGAAUUUUUCGUGAGAACAUGGCAAAUGCAUAAGACUGUGGCAUAUCCAGUUCUUUGAAAUCAUUUUAUUUUUUGCUUGUUUGUAGCAGUUUCGUUUGCAAUAUCAUAAAAACCUGGAAACAACUCAAAGGUCCACCGAACAGUGAUCAAACACAUUUUGGAAUACCCAUACAAUGAAACACUAAGCAGCAAAAAGGGGUGGACUUGAUACUUCAAAACAAUUACAUUGUGUGAAAGAUGCCAGAUAUAAAGAGUAGAUAUAGUAAAAUUCUAUUCAUAAAAUGUGAGAGUGUCAGAAGGUGGUUCAGUGGCUGCCUAGGCCGUAGCAGGUUUUGUACUUGGGCGGGGUAAGGGGCAUGGCUGGGAACAUGGAAAGAGGCUCACGACGUCCAUCGCUUCUGCUCACUUUGUAAUCAAUCACUGCAUCUCCCAUACGAUCUCACUUUGCCAAAGGUUGCUAGUCUUCCAAAAGCACUGCCACCUGCCGGUUCCACGCCGAACUCCACAGAAACCGUUCUGUGCGGACACCGAACAUCCCCCCAAGAUGGCCGCGCCCAUGGUGUUCCUGCAUAACGGCGCUAACGCUCUCCUACAGCGCGCCGCCAGCUAUUUUGUCAAGCACGCUUAACUUUAAAAUCGGAAUUUAGUGACUGAAGUACUCAGAAGUUGCUUUAAUUCCCACCGAUCGCAGGCGUCACAGCCGUAAUGGCCGCUCAGGACGUGCGCUGCGCCCUUUUGAUCGUGACGGGCUCCAGCCUUUGAAACUUCUGCGCCCUUCGCCGUCUCCUACGACAAACGAUUUUACCCCCCACGUCAUGGUUGCCUUCCAGCCUCUGAAAACCUUUCUCCUUUCCUAAAGGCUGCUGCAGCGCCUCCAGAAAUGGGAGUUUCGGGGACGGCCCCAUUGUCGCGUCGUACGGUCACUUAUGGCAAAGCCUGUGUACGGCAAGCCUGUAGGUCAGACGUCCAAAGAUGGCGGCCCCCAGGGCGCCGCGGCGGAGGCGGCGGCGCGAAUAUAUGACCUCAUAAGCAAAAGCCGGGAACCCGUAUUCCGUUCUCCAUAGAAACGCGACAGAAACGCCGCGGACCUUCGACCUCCGUUCUCAGGACGGGAGGCCAGAAGCGGAGGAAGUCGAGGGAAGUUCUGGCAAGAAAUGAAUGAAGAAAGAGGAGGUUCCAGGAUCUAGGUGUUGUCCUUUCUGGGGAUGCUUUCGACUGGCGAAUGAGAUUUCCAACUAGAAAUUUAGGGCAUAUCCAGAAGAGACAAAGACAGCAUCGCAGUUGCCGGCCAUUUCCCCAAACGGAAGAAAAUGAUCGCAUCCCAGGAAUUGCUGACACUGGAGGACGUGGCCGUGGACUUCACCUGGGAGGAGUGGCAGCUCCUGGCCCCCGCUCAGAAGGACCUGUACUGGGACGUGAUGUCGGAGAACUACAGCAACCUGGUGUCAGUGGUGCCCCUUCAUUUUCCACAAGCAGGGUAUGAAGUCAGCAAACCAGACGUGCUCUCCAAGUUGGAACGAGGAGAAGAACCGUGGACCAUAGAACAUGAAAUCCACAGUCCCGUCUGUCCAGAAAUUGACAAAGUCGAUAAUCAUCUCCAGGGUCACUGGGAAAAUCAAAGAAUACUGAAAGGUAUGAAACAAAACCACAAACAAAAUGCACUUGGAAAUAUUGUUCCCCAAAGCCAAAGUCCUUUUCCUUUCAGGCAAAAUCAUGAUAUGUUUGAGUUUUAUAUGAAAACUUUGAAACCAAAUUUAAGUUUGGUCAACCAGAGCAAAAGCUACAAACUCAAGAAUUCUACUAACUUGAAUGGAGAUAGGAAAUCAUUUCUGCGUGAUAAUUGUGAAGAAUUUCAUCUUGCAGUUAAAUUCCCUGUCAGUGCAAAACCCGUUAGCAAUAAGUCCCAGGUCUUUAAAAAUCAGAGAACUCGCGAAGUGGAGAAAACCCACGUGUGCAGUGAAUGUGGGAAAGCUUUCAUUAAGAAGUCUCAGCUCACGGAUCAUCAGAGAGUUCACACAGGAGAGAAACCUUAUGGAUGCAGUCUGUGUGAGAAAGUAUUCUCCAGAAAGUCCAGGCUCAAUGAACAUCAGAGAAUUCAUAAAAGAGAGAAAUCCUUUAUAUGCAAUGAUUGUGGCAAAGUUUUCACCAUGAAGAGCCGUCUGAUCGAACAUGAGCGAACUCACACUGGAGAGAGACCCUAUGUAUGCAGUGAAUGUGGAAAAGGGUUCCCAGGGAAACGCAAUCUCAUUGUGCAUCAACGAAAUCACACUGGAGAGAAAUGCUACGUCUGUAGUGAAUGUGGUAAAGGCUUCACUGGGAAGAGCAUGCUCAUCAUACAUCAGCGAACUCAUACAGGAGAAAAACCCUACACCUGCACUGAGUGUGGGAAAGGCUUCACCACGAAGCAUUAUGUCCUCAUACAUCAACGAAAUCAUACAGGAGAGAAACCGUAUAUAUGCAGUGAAUGUGGGAAAGGUUUCACCAUGAAAAGCCGUCUGAUUGAACAUCGGCGAACUCAUACAGGAGAGAAGCCUUAUGUGUGUAGUGAAUGUGGAAAAGGCUUUCCCAGGAAGAGUAACCUCAUUGUGCAUCAGAGAAAUCACACAGUAGAGAAAUCCUACAUAUGUGGUGAAUGUGGAAAAGGCUUCACCGUGAAGAGCAUGCUCAUCAUACAUCAGCGCACUCAUACUGGAGAGAAACCCUACACCUGCAGUGAGUGUGGGAAGGGCUUCCCCUUGAAGAGUCGGCUGGUCGUACAUCAGCGAACUCAUACAGGAGAGAAACCUUACAGAUGCAGUGAGUGUGGAAAAGGCUUCAUCGUGAAUAGUGGACUGAUGUUACACCAGCGAACUCAUACUGGAGAGAAACCCUAUAUAUGCAAUAAAUGUGGAAAAGGUUUUGCGUUUAAGAGCAAUCUUGUGGUACACCAGCGAACUCAUACUGGGGAGAAACCCUUUAUGUGCAGUGAAUGUGGAAAAGGCUUCACCAUGAAACGUUAUCUCGUUGUACAUCAGCAAAUUCAUACAGGAGAGAGAUCCUGGAUAUGCAAUGAAUGUGGAAAAGGCUUUGCCAUAGAAACCGAGCUCAUUUUACAUCAACAAAUCCAUACUGGAGAGAAACCUCACGCGUGCGAUGAAUGUGGAAAAGGCUUCGCUGUGAAAAGCCGUCUAAUCGUCCAUCAGCGAACUCAUACAGGAGAAAAACCUUUUGUAUGCAAUGAGUGUGGGAAAGGCUUCUCCUCAAAGAGAAAUCUCCUCGUACAUCAGAGAACUCAUAAUGGAAACAGAUCCUAACGGUGCAAUGAGUACGGUGACAUCUUUGGAAAGAAAAUAUGCCUCGUACAACAUCAGAGACUUCACACAGGAUAGACUACUUUUAUGUAUACUGACUGUGGAAAACCCUAUGCAUACAGUAUUGGUCUCAUGACCUAGCAGGGGAUGUCCACAGGAGACAAACCGUAUGUAUGCAGUUAGUGUGAGAGAGCUUCAACACAAAUUCGGCACUCAGUGUACAUCAGAGAGCUUACAAAAGAGAGUUUUUUCCUGGAUGGUGAAUGCAUCCAUGUGCGAGAAGCUCCUACACUUGCAAUCCUUCUGAACCUUACUCUAUGCAUCCCUUUAUCUGGCUGUUCAUUUGUAUACUUUAUAAUAUUUUAAAAAAUAAACCAGUAAACAUAAAAAGGACUUACGAAAGAGAGACCCUCUGGAUUCAACGAUUGGGGGUAACCUUUCUCUCAUUUGUCACGCCUUGUUAAAACACAAAUGUGUAAGUCAAGGAACAUGAUCCUUUGCAGAGAACCUGAAAUUAUUAUAUACAAGUGAACUCGAGCAGGGAACAAAUCCUGAAAAUUUGGUGAAUUCAUUAACUGUCAGUGUGCUCCUAGCAUACUUCAAUAUAGUCAGUGUAGAGUAGCCUGCUGCUAGAUUUUUACCCUUGGAAAAUUAUGGAAUUUGCAUAAGAGUGAAAUUUAAUGAAUGCAGAGAAUAUGCUAGUGCCUUCGGUGAUAAAUUACCUCACACUGUAUGUCAAAAUUAACAUACAGGAAAAAAACUCUGAUACAUUCAAGCAGAAAAGUCUUAAGGAAAGAUUUUUAGGUAAUUAUAUGUCUGAAAAGUAUAUACUAAGAUAAAUCUUAUGAAUGGAGAGACGAGGAAAGCCUUCUAUGGGAAUAAAGACUAUCUCAUCGAUGAUCAUGAGAUCAUCAUCGAGUUCAUACUCAGUAGCAAUAUGUGAUUGAGUGAAAGCUUUUGCCUAGAAUUAACCUCAAGAGUUGCCCAAUAUACUGGAGAAAAAUUUUCAGGUGGCAAAGAAUAUGGCAGAAUUCAUCAUUUCUCAUGAAUUCAUACAGAAAUAAAACUGUUAGGAACACACUAAAUGUGGAGUAACUUUAGCAGAAUAUCAGAGAAUUCAUGAAAGGGAGAAGCCUCAUGAAAAUGAUAUAUACUUGAAUUUUCUAUCACAAGUCUAAAUUUAUUAUACACCUGGCAUCCAUUCUGGGACGGGAUACUUUGAACCACAGUCUCAAUGAUUCUAUAGUUUUGAAGUAGACAGUUCUUAUCACUGAUUAAAUUGUAAUGUUAUAUACAAGCAGGAGUGUUCCGAGCCCACCCCAUAUCAUUUUAUGACUAGUUCUUGCAUUUAUUAGGUUCUAAACUUGUCCCUCUCAGUCUACUAUGUACUUCAAAGGUAAACAGAAUAUACUCAAAAAUGUAAUUCAACAUAUUUGGAUGUAUCUAUCCAAGUUUAUAAGUAGCAUUAGUUUACAAAAACACCUUAAAUGUGAUUUUUCUAAAAUUUAGUUUGAAAUAAUUUUAUACUCACAAGACUUUACAAAAUAUGCAAAGUUCCUGAGUACGUUUACUCAGCUUCUUCGGUGAUAUUAUCUUACAUAAUCAUCAUACAUCAUCAAAACCAAUAAAAUGACAGUGGUACAAUGCUGUUAAGUAAACUUA